AUGCUUGGUGCGACCUGCCCACCACCAGCAAAGCUAGGUCCAAUUCACCUAAAAAAAGAGGUCGUCCUUAGUCCAAUUGGUGGGGUGCCAAUGGUGUACCCGUUGCCUCCCCUUCGUGUGCUCUUUCUAUUAAUGGCGGGUUACCACCACCGUGAUACACCUUCAGGUUCACUCACUGAUAAGAUCAGAAUGUGUUCAAUACCAGAAAAGUUUCAACUUCACUUGGCCAUGUUGGCCUUGCAAUUUGGUUAUGCUGGUUUCCAUGUGGUGUCAAGAGCUGCCCUUAACAUGGGCAUUAGCAAGAUUGUGUUUCCAGUUUAUAGGAACAUUCUUGCCUUGCUUCUCCUCUUGCCCUUUGCUUAUUUUCUAGAAAAGAAAGAGAGGCCACCUCUUACUUGGUCAUUCGCCCUUCAAUUCUUCCUCCUCGCAAUUGUUGGGAUUACUGCAAAUCAAGGAUUCUACUUGUUGGGAUUGGACAACACAACACCAACUUUUGCUUCUGCAAUACAAAAUUCUGUGCCAGCCAUUACAUUUGUCAUGGCUGUAAUGCUCAGGAUUGAAAAGGUAAGACUGGAUCGAAAAGAUGGUAUCUCAAAAGUUGUUGGGACACUCUUUUGUGUCGCGGGAGCUUCUGUAAUUACACUGUACAAAGGUCCAACCAUUUACAGUCCUUCUCCUUCAACAGUGCAAAGUAUUGCACCAAUGUUGCGUAACUUAGGAAAUGCUGAUGGCAAGAGCUGGACACUCGGGUGCAUUUUCUUAAUUGGACAUUGCCUGUCGUGGUCCGCAUGGCUCGUGCUGCAGGCUCCAAUACUCAAAAAAUACCCUGCAAGGCUCUCAUUUACUUCUUAUCAAUGUUUCUUUGGAGUUAUACAGUUUCUUGUUAUUGCUGUUUUUAUGGAGAGAGACCUUCAGGCUUGGCUUGUUCACUCUGGAGGAGAGCUCUUCAGUGUUUUCUAUGCAGGAAUAGUGGCAUCAGGGAUUGCAUUUGCUGUACAAAUAUGGUGCAUUGACAGGGGCGGCCCGGUUUUCGUUGCGGUGUAUCAGCCGGUUCAGACACUUGUAGUCGCCAUUAUGGCCUCUGCUGCACUGGGAGAGGAAUUCUACUUGGGAGGGAUAAUUGGAGCAGUGUUGAUCAUAGUAGGGUUAUACCUUGUCCUGUGGGGCAAAAACGAAGAACGUAAAUUCUCAAUGCCAAAUGCUGCGAUUCUAUCAGAUGUGAACCACGGUAGCAACCGAACAAUAACCAAUCAAAUCAAGUCCUCGCUCGCUCAGCCACUGAUAUCUCAGUCAACGGAAAAUGCUUGA